UUUAGGAGGUUGAGAGCCUAUUUAACAUGGCAGCUGAAGUGAAGUCCCCUGUCUCGUGAAGUUGAAUACACUCUCUUAGCAUUACUGGCUGUCAAAUUGUGCGUCCCUGUCAAGCACAUUUGUCAUGGCACCAGACUCUAUUGAUGCACAACAUUUUAGUACACUACCUGAACCUGAUAAAAUCCGAAAACAACGUGCACUUAAUGUUACUGGUAAUGGAUUUAAGGCCCCCAGACACCCUCGAUGGAGCAAGGAAGAAACGUUUGUCCUCAUUGAGGGAAAGAAGGUUGUUGAGAAUCGAGUUGACAGGGGUCGUAGAUCAACUUCAGCCCUGGGGUCGGAUCUGAUCCAACCCAAGUGGGAUUCUAUCUCAUCAUAUUGUAAACAGCAUGGUGUGAACAGAGAACCUGUGCAAUGCCGGAAAAGAUGGAGUAAUCUGCUUGGUGAUUUUAAGAAAAUCAAAAUUUGGGAGUCUCAGAGGAUAAAUGCAGAUGAAACAUUCUGGAAGAUGAGGAAUGAACACAGGAGAGAAAGAGAGUUGCCUAGUUUCUUCGACAGGGAAGUUUAUGAUAUCUUGAAUGGAGGAUUAUUUGCGACUGAAGCAAUUCCAUUGACCUUUGUUGCAGUGAAGACGGAAAAAAACACUGAUGCAGAUGAGGUGGCAGCAGCUGUAGCAGAAGAACAGGAACAGGAAGAGGUUGAGGCAGUUUUUGCCAGCGGUCAGCAUGCUUCAGCAGAUUGUUCAUUUAAACAAUCCGGGCAGGACGAAAUUCACUGCAGCUUUAAGAAGGAAAAGUUUGCAACUAAAGAUCCCAGGACGAAACAGCCUAUUUCUGGCACAAACAAACAAAAAAAUCCAGGUUCUACUACAUGGAUGGCAUCUACAUCCCAAAAGGAAUGGAAAAGGAGACGAUUAUCAUCAAAUGGCUUUGAGGACAACGAUCCUGCAGAUCAGUUAAUCAAAAUUUUGGAGAGGAACAGCAACAUGCUAAGUGUUGAAUUAGAAGCUCAGAACAUAAGAUACGAACUGGAUAGGAGCCAAAGGAAGGAGCAUAAUGAUAGCUUACUUGGUGUUCUCCAUAAACUCACAGAUGCUCUAGUAAGAAUGGCUGAUAAGUUAUAG